AUGAAUUUAACAAGAGUUGUCAAAUUGGUUGUACAACCCAACAGAAAUUUGUAUAUGCAUAACAUUAACAAAAUUAAAACCAUUUGUUUGAAUUCACAUCUGUGUGCAUUUUCUAAUAAUUAUUUUUACUCAAAUAUUGCCUCAAAUCAAUUUAUUCCAAUAUCCUAUACCACAAACCCACUAAAUUCUCAAAUUCGUCAAAUAUCAUAUUCAUCGUCACUACUAUCAGAAAAACAAUGUUCCAAAAUUGAAGAAGCUCUAAAUGCUUGCAAAAUAAAAUGUCAAAGUAAAGAAGUUGGUAAAAAAGUACCUAAAAAAUCAAUCAAACAGAGAAUAAUUGAUGAAUUACUUCACUAUUAUUAUGGUUUUAAACUUCUGGGACUCAACACUAAAAUCUCCUGUAAAUUGGCUGUUAAAAAAUUGAGAGGUAUUGAAUUGACAAGAAGAGAACAUAACUUAUUUGUUCAAACUGUGGCCGAUCUUUUCCGAUUAGUACCUUUCUCUGUGUUCAUUGUCGUUCCAUUCCUCGAGUUUGCUUUGCCUAUUUUUAUAAAGUUUUUUCCUGGUAUGUUACCAACUACAUUUCAAACAAAGGAUCAAAAGGAAGCAAAACUCAAACAGUCUCUCAAAGUGAAACUCGAAAUGGCCAAAUUUCUUCAAGAGACUUUAGAUAGCAUGUCUGUGUGUGGUAAAGGGCACACGAGUGAAUUUGCUCAAGAAUUUGCGGACUUUUUCGCAAAAGUAAGAAGAGAAGGUGUUGUUAUACCAGCUGAUGAAAUGCUCAAGUUUUCAAAACUGUUCAAAGACGAAAUUACCCUUGACUCACUACCCCGACCACAAUUGGUUGCCCUUUGCAGAGUGCUUGAACUAAAACCGAUUGGGACUUCAAGCGUUUUGAAAUAUAUUUUGACUCUUAAGCUUCGAUCAUUAACAGUUGAUGAUAGGAUUAUUCAAAAAGAAGGCGUUGAUUCUCUGACGUUGAGUGAGCUUCAAGAAGCCUGUAAGUCUCGUGGUAUGGGUGCUUUUGGUCUUACUGAAAACCGCCUGAAACAACAGCUCACUCAGUGGCUAGACCUAUCACUCAACGAAAGAGUUCCCCCCUUAUUACUUCUCCUCUCUAGGGCAUUUAGUCUAACACCUAAUAUUCCAACAAAUGAUUUAUUAAAAAAUGGAAUUUCUGCUUUGCCUAAUUGUGUUGGUGCAUCUACUGAGGCUGAUUUGUGUGAGCGUGAUGGUGCUAUAGAUAACAAGGCGAAAUUGAAAGCAAUCGAAGAAGAGGAACGUAAGGCAAAAGAAGAAAUAGAAGAGUGUAUGACAGAAAGCCUUAAAUGCAAUGUAGUUGUCAAGGCACCUGUUUUAACGGAUUCAACUGGAAGUGAAGGGGAAGUAACAUCAUCAAUUUUAAAAAUAUUAGAAUGUGCUAUAGAAAGCAUUAGUUCAGAACAAAAUAAACUUAUUGUUGAAAAAUCAGAUAUCUGUGAAUUGAAGGAUGAUAUUAAAUGUUACCAAAAAAAUAGCCAUAAUCUUCAAGAAGUAGAAAAUGAGCAGAUUAGAGAAUCGGAGUCAGCUAAACAAUUAUUUAAGGUACUUAAUAAAAAAAUUAAUGAACUAGAUCAGGCCGUCAACGAGUUGGAGAAAAUAGAAUUAGUCGGUGCAAAUAUUACUAUUGAUGGUGAAUUAAUCAAGAUUGAUGAACUAAUCGCAGUAGUACGAAGAUUAAAAAAUGUACCGGAUGAAUGCAUAAUACAAAAAAUAAUUAAAAUUCUGUCUAAAAUUGACUGUGAUAAUGAUGGUUCAAUAAGAAUAGAUACUUUGUUGAAGAUACUGCGUUUGAUUGAUAAUGUAAAUAUGAAUUUAUCUGAUAAAACAAUGGAUAUAAUAAUAAAAUUAGUUAUCAAAGAGAAAAAUGGUGGCAAAAGUGGCAGUUCUUGCAGUAAAUAA